CAUCACGCAACUCCAUCCGCCAUCUUUUCUUUCUUCUUUCUCAAAACAACUGAAGUAAGCUUGUACCACUGGUUUACCCAGCAGGAGAUUUUGAAAAUAAUUUACCCUAGAAUCUGCGUUAAUUGUGUUGAAACUAGUACAGGAAAAGAUUUACCGACAAAGAGAUCAGUACUCAGAGUGAGUUCUUAACGUCCGCGCAGUCAGUGUUGUGUCCAACUUCAGUGGCAGAGCUCACUUCAUGAGGCAAGCGGAAAUAGGGUCGGAGCUUCCUACAGUGUCUCGACAACUUGCUGUCUAUUGAAAUUACUCGGUGUGAAGCUACGCUAAUCUGUAGCUAUGGAUGUACUGUUACUGUAAUCAAAAUGGCGAAAGAUCGAGUUGAUAUUUAGCGGUUCAAGAUGUCUCGAAAUUCCAACAAGAGAAACAGUUCCAAUCGCGGAUCUACUGGGUCGGACAUCGCUCGUUCCACUCUCAAAGUUUUCCUUUCAAACGGCGAUUCUAGAUCUGUUAAAUGCGGCGAGGCAACAGACGUUAAGGUGAGAAUGUUUCCUUCUCAUUGUUAACCCAGGUAACAAGAUUUUUCACCUAUACUAAUCGUUUCGUGUUAUCAGCAUUUAUUCGCUUGAAAACUCUCUAGGAAUUUCUCGUUUGUAUUAAAGUCAAUUGGAACUGCGGGAGAGAUCGUGGAUUUUUCUUCUGUGCUUUUGUAAGAAUGCUUGAUGAUUCCUCUCUUGUUUGGUCUAGGCUCUUUUACUAGCUUUCUAUCGCUUACGGCUUUAUUCGAAUUCCUCUGUUAUAAUUUCUACCGGGGCCCCUAUAUAAAAAUAUAAGCUUUUGAAAGCUCUUUUCUUUUAAUAUGUUGACGUUUGUUUUCCAUCCUUUUGAUUUAACCUGUACAGUUUAAGGGUAAAUUUUAGCAAAGACUGGUGUGAUAACAGUGUGUUCACUUUUCCUUCAGCCGGAAUCAAUAUUAACGUUAAAAGAAAAACCUUAAGUCUACUGGUGUUGGAAGUGAAAUAUCUGACGUGAUAAAUUUGUACGAGCUUAUUUAAUGGAUAUUUUCAUUUUGUGAGUGCUUUUCUUUUCCUUGGCUCUUAAAUCCUUCUUCCUAAAACCUGACAUAUUCUACUGGAAAUUCAAGAAGUUGCUUCCAGAUCUGCCAAUUUGAAAUACUGAGUCACGAAUGCUGUAUUUUAAUUAAAUUGUUUUUGUUCGAAAUUUUCAACAAUUAAUACUACUUUAGUCUUAAGUUCAUACUUAAAAGCUAUUGGGGAUUUGAAGUCGAGUUUGCUCUUCAGUCUUAAAAUUUUGAACCUUCUAUGCUUCUCUUCACUUUUUGAUGUUUUUUUGUGCAAGCUUCAGAUGAGUUAUUAAAACAAGAAAAAUUCAUUAUUUUUUAAAAUGAUCCAAUUAGCAUGUUUGGUAAUUAGAUGAUCACUUUGUUUUGAACUUGUAAUAAGAGAUAUUUUCAUUAGAUUUGUUUGGUUAUGAAAGUGUGUUUACUUUUUUGUGUUUCACUAAUCAAUUGUGUUCCUAAUAUGACCCUAAGGAAUACAGUUUUGGAAUAAAGGUUUCAUUCAUUUAUUCGAGGUUCCUGUACUUAUAUAAAUGAUUUAUGAAUAUUUUUGGACCUCCACCAAAGCCACUUGAACUGCUUUAAAAGAGGUUAUAACUUGACAACUGUGGUUUGGAAGUACCCUAAAUUAAAUUCUUUAAGUGUGUGUUGUUGCUGUCCACACACAUGAGGCUUAUUACUACAAGUCAGUAUCAGAGUAAGAUUAAUCAGAUCAAAUACAAUGUCUGGUUUCUUUAGCUUAAAUUCAUCACAAGGGCAGCUGCAGGGAAACCUUUACACUGUAGUUGGUGGUUGAGUCAAUGUGCUUUGGAACUUGCCUGUCACCUUGCUGACUAUCCUGUGCACUGUAGGCCUGCUGUUUCUCAGAUAUCUCACUUAUUCAAAAGUUACAUUUGCUCUCCAUUCUCUUCCUUGCUGAGAUUGUUUUUCACCCCCCUCUCUCUCUGGUCAUCCUCCCUUCACAAAAACUAACAUUUCCAGUUUCUUGCUUGAUCAGCAAUGUUGUAGACCGAGAAUCUGUUGUACUUGGCAUAGGUCUCCUUUUAGCCUGUGUAGCAAGCAUUUCCUUGUGGUUUUGGAGCAAAGAACAUGGAACGAGAGUCAAAGACCGCAUGAAAAAUGAGGCUAGUAAAAGAGCAGGGAGGGGGUUUGCAAACAAACCCCUGGAUUUUAAAAACCGCCCUCUUGACCUGGCAUGGCUGACUGCAUGCACCAACAUUUGAUGCUGUCAUCAGCUGUCAUAAAUUGACCAAUAAAAUGUUUGGCCUUCCAUGAAGUGGAAGUGACAUGGUUUGUAGAAUCUCGAAAAGGUCUUGAAAAGUCUUGAAAAGUCCUCGAAUUCAGUUACGGUCCUUGAAAAGCACUUGAUUUCUUUAUCAGCUUCAGUUUAAGGUGCAAUCCAUUCUUCAAAAUUUGGAUCUGCAAAUUACUAUCUGAAAGAAUUUAACAUCCUGCAAAAAUCACCAACGAGCUAAGCCCAGCAUGACAAAACAUUCCAGGAAACCACUUUGGAGAAAAUUGAACCCCUAUAACCCCUAUUUAGCUGCAAGAAGAGCUCUACAUUUCAAAAAGAAGUGCAUCAGAGUGCAAAUCUUGCUGACCAGAAACAAAUCCUGCAGAAAAUUAAUGUGCUCGUCAGGGCCUCUAAGUAUGAAACAAAUCUUUGAUCGACAUGUAAAUUAUGUUCGACCAGCCGAGCCAAUCAGGCGCCCCAUCUGCUGGCAAGCGUGGUUUUUAAAAUCCCAGGGUUUGUUUGCAAGUGUUUCCUUCCUUCCCCUCCCCUCCCCCUCUUUCAUUUUUUGGCUCUCGUUCCAUUUUUUACACAGCCAAAACCAAAAAUCCCGCUCCAAAAACAAACGGAAACGCUUGCUGCGUGCAGGCUAGUCUCCUUUAGGGCUCAGCUCAUCAACUGAGAGGUGAUCAACUGGAGGGGUCAUAAGAUGAAACCAAAUUGGUGUGUUGAAAGUUCAUAUGAAGCGGGUUUUUCUUUAUUUACAGAUUGUUAAGCAACGCUUUCUUAGCUUUGACAAAGAAAAUUUCUGGAAAAAAAGUUCCACUCAUACUAUCUGGGUAUUUCCAAAUGACAACAAUGUUUAUGUAUUCUUUGUAGAUAUAGGAUAUGGUAUGGCCAAGUGUGCCAGACUUGUGAUCUGGAAGUCUAGGAUAGAAUUCUUGCUCUUUUUUUUGAUAUAAUAAUUAUUGUUUUCUACGAUAUAUUUUUUCUACGAGCAUUAGUCCCCAGGGGUUUCAAUAAAAAUUGUAGUAGCCAGCAGGUUUGAAUAGAGUAACCGACUGUAUCAACAAAGGGGCGUUAGUCCCCUUUUUUAGGGGCAGGAGGGGGCUGGGCAUGUUGUGCCCCAGAAAAUUGUGAAAUUUCAAGCCCUAAAAUGCGAUUUUCAGCAUUCUGUGGACCAAAUUUGAGGACUAAAGAGUGUGUUUUUCAUUGAAGAAAAUGUAGCUUUCAAUUUAUCAGUGACACAAUCAAUUCCUACAAGCAAUGAACAAAUGAUGAAAACUAAAUUACAUACUUUUGCACGUAAACAAAUUCUGCGUAAACCUAUAAAGAAACUUGUGAAAAAAUGACUGAAAUAAUUUUAUAGCUUUCACAUGACUAAAGCAUAACCUAAACCAGUGAGUCUUUAUGAAAACACAUCAUAAUUACAUUUUCAUUGAGAUUUUGAUAUAUUUUUAUUUCACAACGUUAUUCAAACUAGUUGCUUCUUCUUUCUAGAAAAAAGUAGCUGGCGUGUUUUGUCAGCUGUCGGUGCUUAUUGAAACCCCUGAGUCCCAAAUGGAGGCCAGAUUAACAACAACUGAACCUGCGUAAACAGAUCUGUCAUUAAGAGCGGUAACCCAUAACACUUGUUAUGGCUGAGUUCAAAGUGCAAAGCUAAAGGUGACAACAUAAAUUUUUGUGAGAUGUUACACGUGAAUCUUCUUUCACUCGCUAUGGCUGCUUCAAAACUUAAUGACAGCCCUGGCAAAAAUAUCUCCAUAAAGGAUUUUUUCAUAAUAAUGGUCCAUUUUUUGGGGACAAUACUUCAGAUACAUCUAGUCACAAGAAGGCUUUGUGAAUCCAGCCCAAGAGCCUAAGUCUGUUUGUUGUUUGCAAUACAGUGUCCUUUAAACGGAGGAAAAGCUUAUGAAAGUGAAUAUAUGAAUUUUUGCAUGAGAGGUAUUUAACUCAUGAUUGAUCAUCUCAGUUAGUUACCCAACCUAAAAUUCAUGUGUCGGCAGCAUACUGUACAUUGUGUGUAUUGUAUGUUACAUUUGGCCUGCAGUUAAGUCAAAGUUUUCUAUAUGAAUUAUUUCAUAUACUUCACAUCAUUUCACUCCUCACGGGAGAUAUGAACUCAAUAAAUUGACCUCGCUCCCAAUGUGUGGCUUCAUAGCUCAGUUGGUAGAGCAACGCACCGGCAACGCGGAGGUCACGGGUUCGAAUCCCGUUGAAGCCCUGAUUUUUUUUUCAGGCUUCUUCUUUCCAAUUGCUUAAAUUGGAAAAUUCACUGCGAUGAUCAUUCUUCACUUUCAUCUACAACCGCAGUUCAAAUAUGAAUUAUUUCAUAUACUUCACAUCAUUUCACUCCUCACGGGAGAUAUGAACUCAAUAAAUUGACCUCGCUCCCAGUGUGUGGCUUCAUAGCUCAGUUGGUAGAGCAACGCACCGACAACGCGGAGGUCACGGGUUCGAAUCCCGUUGAAGCCCUGAUUGCUUAAAUUGGAAAAUUCACUGCGAUGAUCUUUCUUCACUUUCAUCUACAACCGCAGUUCAAAUAUGAAUUAUUUCAUAUACUUCACAAUAUAAAAACAGAUGAAACUUUAUAUGGCUUAGGGUAUCUAAAGAACAACAGUGAUUUUUUUAAUUGUAUAGGGAAUUGUUCAUCUGGUGAUUGGUAGCCUUGGUGCAGAUCCUAUAACCACAGGAGAUUACUAUGGGAUCAAGCUGGAGCAUGUUAAUACAAAUGAAUCGUUCUGGCUUAACAGCAAAGUUACGAUGGGGGAAGUUCGAAGUAAACAUGAGGCUCUGUACCCUGCAGAUGAGUGGAAGUAAGUUGGAAUCCUUUCUAGCACUGCGUUAAAAAUACUCUUGGAUUAAUUUUAAGUGUGGUUUAAAAUACAGUGAAACCUGGCUAAUACGGAAACCAAGCAGGUGCACAUCUGCUUUAGCUGCCUUUUAACCUAACAUGCUUUACUAAACUAACUAUAAAUGAAUGAAUGAAAUGAAUGGAAGGGAACAUGCCAUGGUGUCCUUAUUAUUUGGCUGGGGGUGAGUGUUAAGGGGGCUCUCGCAAAAAAGGUCAUGGACACAUGUUUUAUUCAUAUAGAGACUAAAGCAGGUAUGGAGGAAGAUGGGCGGGAACAAAGAAUACAUGUACAGCAAAAAGACAAGGUAGUAGAAUUUGUCUAGCAGGAGGCAAAAAACUUUACUGACAGGCAACAGUAAAAGGGUCAAACAUGUAAAGAAAGUGGAAAACAGACAGUGUGCAUGUAUUCUGUUUUGUGUCCAAAUAUAUAUAUCUGUAUGGCAAAGUUUUAUACUCCAAAUUGUCAAACAAUAUAAUUGAGACUUUGUGAUUUUCAGGACACACAAAAUUAAGUGUCCAACCCUGAAAAGGGUCAAACAUGUGUGGAAAACCAUGUAACCUGUGUCCCCUGACAAAGGAAAAAUGGAGGUUAGCCUAUGUGUAACCACACCCUCCCCCUGACAAAGGAAAAAUGGAGGGGGGAUGUGCGGCCACACAUAGGUUAAGAAAGUAUCAAUUGUCUGUAUUAACUGGCAUCUCUUUUAAGGGGGUUAAUUGUAGAGAAAACAUACCGUAUGAGAUUUUGUUGGGACAAACGAAACUGUCCAUUAUAUAAAGGUGUUGACAUUAAGAAGGUGCCCAUAGAGCGGGGGUCCACUGUAUUGUACUUGCAGUUAUCUAUAAGUGUCAGUGUUAAAGUAUGGUAAGAAAAAUUGGUCCCUGCUGUUUGAACUAUGAGUAGUGUUGGUCUUACUCCUUUUAUUCAUGUACAAGUAUAUAUAUGCUAUAGUGUUGCUUUUUACCACUAUCAUUACAGUGGAAAAUACUUACUCUUAAAACUACUCUGCUUUUAGGUAUCAGUUAAGAGUUCGAUAUUUUCCAAAGGAUUUGAAGGAGCUCUACACCAGGGACAAAGUCACCUUCUUUUACCUAUAUGACCAGGUGGGUCAGAAAAAAAACUGAGAGCGAGAUGAGGGAAUUACAACUGUUAUAUAGUAACACUUUAAAGAUGGCCAGUGAGUAGCAGAAAAAAUGACAUUUUUCAGUUACUCCUCUUUUUUAGACUGGUUUUAGGUUAAUGAGCAUGGGGAUGGCUAAAAAAGAGUUUUACAACAAUAAGGCGUAUUUUCCGCCAAAUUAGAUGUAAUUUUAAAGCAGCUCUUUUAUGUUUCAUGCAUGCCUAGAAGCCAAAAUUUGGACUUUUUUUCGGCAAAUCUAUUUUGAUUUUUUUUCUCACUCUCUUUUCUCCCGUCUUCAUUUAUUUCUUAUAUAUUCACUUUUGUUGCCCACUUUAUCAUUUUUCUUUUGCAUGGAAUUGUGGCUGGCUAACUUUUUAGGAAAGGGAGAAAUAAUUUAAUCUACAAGGAAUGGUGAAAUUGGCAGUGGAUUUUUCCCCAAAAUGUAAAUCUGUCAGAAAUUAUUUCUUAAAGUGAAAGCUAAGUGGGUCCAGGGAGGAUUAAACAAGCAUUGUCUCAUGUGAGGCAAAAACAACCCUAGCUGUCUGAAAAGGGUUAAAGUCAUAACACUGCUCCCCAAGGAAAUACUACUCAUGCACAAUACAACAUUUUGCAGCAUUAGAUAAAAAUUUAAGAAUAAUCCAAGAAAACAUCAUAAAAGAAACAAAUAUACUGUUUGUUAAUGGCUUUUUAAUACAUCUGAUUGUAGUAAUAUUGGCAAGAAUGUAAAAAUGAAAAUGGGCAAAGCAAAUUGGAAUUACUGCUAACUAGCUUGUCUUAAUGAAUUCAUGGCUUUCAGAUUCCAUUGCAAUUUGUUAGUAAUAAUGUAACUUUCUUUCAACCAUGAAAAUGAAAUAGACUUUCCUGUCCCCACCCUCCCACUGCCAAAGAAGUUUACAUCGUAGAUUACAUGUAUGUCCACAGUCGUAGUCAUCUCGUUACCCAGUUUGUUCUUUCAAAUGAAUAAUCAGUUUGUUCUCAUAGAUUUAAACACCAUACAAUGUUACAAGGUGCAAUAAGCGACAUUCCACUUCUGAGUUAAUUCAUAUCCAUGACCUUUUUGAAAAGUGUGACCGCAAGUUGUUCACCAAAAUUAAGAACAAUGUUAACCAUCCAUUAUAUGCCCUUUUGCUGAAAGUCAAAGAGUCAUCCAAGAGGUUAAGAUCACAAGCAAGUCAGUUACCACGGAUUAAUACAGAAUGUUUUAAGAAUUGUUACUUUAAUACAAUAAAGUUUAAAUACAACUUAGCAAUUUAACAAUAUAGAUAUAUUCAUUGUUUUAUCAGGUUUUAUAUGAUUGUUGUAAUGAUCUGUGCGAUUUUUAUGAUUUGUAUACUUCACUCUCUGUAACAUUUGUUAUGUGUUUUAACGGGCAAAAUAAAGACAUUUAUUAUUGUUAUUAUUGUUAUAUAUUAUUGUUAUUAUUAUUAUUAUUGCAGGUUGCUAUCUCUUAUUCUAAUUUAUAUUUGUAGGUAAAAAAUGACUACCUUCAACAUAACAGUGAAAAAGCAGAUGAGGACACAGCAUUCAGACUUGGAGUGUUGGAAAUGAGGUGAAAUAAAUUAUUGGUUUUGAUCAAUCUGUUUUUCGGCUCUAUCAGUGUCUAUAGAUACCUAUUCUCAGUAACUGAAUCAUUUAAAUCUUCUUUUCCAUGUAAGGUUUAAAGAUGUUAGUGUUUGAUUUUCUUAUUGCUCAUUCUGCUGUUAUCUUCUAAAAUUGUUUGUCGUUUGUUGUUUUUUCUUACUCUUUUUCAGGAGAUAUUUUAAGGACAUGCCCCAGAUUGCACUUGACAAAAAGUCAAACUUUGAAUAUAUUGAGUAAGUAUCAUUACUGAGGAAAUUAUUGAAUAUAUUAUUUAAAACACAGCCUCUCAUUGUUUUGUUCUUUUCCUGGAACUUAGGAAAGAAGUUGGAUUGACCAAAUUUAUACCAAAGGAUGUUUUAGAAAACAUGAAGGUAGUUGUUGAUACCCUUAUAAAAAUAUGAUGUAACCCAGGUAGUUUUCCUUCUGUUUGUUCUUAUUGGUCCUUGCUGUAGGCCUUCUGCUCUGGAUACUCUCUUCACUCAUGUAAUACCUAAAAAUAGUGAUUCAUACAGUCAUGUGUUGUUAUCAUUGAUUAAUGUCUUUUUAUUUUACUUUAUAUUGUAUGUUGUGCAUUGUAUAUUAAUAUUUGUGGUUAUCAUCUGGCAUAUUGUGCUGUCAUUAGUUGCUGUUAUUAGUAGAUCUCAUGGCAUCUGACAAUAAAGCUGUGUUGACCUGCCAAAAGUCUCUGAGCAGGCUGUAGUGCAAAAUCUACAAUGUACUUGUACGUUUAUCUUUGUAGGCUAUGAAGAAGUCACUUAAUUACUCAUUCCUAAGGAGUUUAAUUUAUUUCCCUUGAAUGUUUAUGUUUCACUCUGCCAUAGGAAACAUUUAGAUUUAUGGAAAACAGUGUUAACUCUUCCUUAGGAUCAGUCAAAGUAUUUUUAUAUAUGUGUUGCUUAUUACCUUUUUAAUUGUUGUAUAAUAAGGUUAACAUAUUUAACUGUUCGUUCUUUAUAUAUUUUUUUUCAUCGUAAUUCAGUGUGCUGGAAGUUCAUUAUAAGUUUUGAGUAUUCAUAAAUAAUAUCUUCCUUUUAUAGUCCAAGGUUUUGCGGAAGACCAUUCAUGGUUAUUUCAAACAGUAUGCUGCUCUGAGUGAGGUAGAAUGCUGUUACACAUUUUUUGAGAUUCUCUCCAAACUUCACCGCUUUGACCUGGAGUCAUUCAGAUGCUCUCUUGGGGUGAGUCAAAUAAUUAAUGAUAAUAAUUAAAAGACCACAUGACCUCCCAGUAAAAAAAAGCAGCAAGAAAACAUUUGCUCAAUCCACACUAUGAAUUAUGAAUCCUCGAAAAGCAAUGUAUUAGCAAGGUGUAAAUGCCUUGUAGGCAUACCAAAUCCCCUUUUUUAUUCUUUUAGACGAAGGCUAAAACAAGUUUUGUGAUUCAAGUUUACUACACAAUUAAUGAAUAAGAAUUGAAAAAGACUAUUGAUUCACUUUGUUUAAAAUCAGUCAUUGGUUGACUAAAAGUGGACCUCUGGGGCCUGUGGGGGGGGGGGGGGUUGCAAACACACCCAUCACACCCCCUCCCUACGGGCCUGGAAUUUGUGUUGCCUAAUUUUUCAGGAGAAAGAAACCUUACACACUGUACUCAAAUAUGUAUGUUUCAGUUUAACCUGCCAGGGAAAAUAUGUAACUAGACAAUUUGAAAUUGGGAAAUUUCAACAUUUUGUCCCACUACAACCUGUACUUUCUUUAAAAUAAUUUCUCAAUUCUCAGUGGUUUCUGAAAAAAAACUUUCUCCAUCAAAAUGAAGCCUAGUAAAUGCCCAGCAAAGGAAAACAAUUGGUGAAACAAAGAGUUAAAGAACUUGGACAGAGAGAAGGCAAAAGGUGAAAGUUGAGGGGCAGUGCCCCUUUUUUUUCCAAGAUCUUUUUCUUAAUUUUUGUAUUCUUUGCGUGCCCAAGUUCCUAAAGCUUUCAGUAGGAACAAAGCCUAACUGAGUUUUAAACUUGCAAACAAUUUUUUUGCUUUUUUCUGGUUAGAUGGUCACCAGAAAACAACUGAACUACUAUAUUUAAAUGUUGUUUUGUGUGCAAUUCUCCAGGGCAAGUAGGUUAGCAAGUUAUGAUUUGGCUGCUUUAGAAAUUUUCUUUGGACAAGCAAUUUUAUAUGCAAACCGAUGAUGUAAUAUUUACUUAAGUACUCAACUAUCCUAGACUAAAUUCCAUGUAGAUUUAGAAAUAACAGGAUGAUCAAAAAUGUUUUGUUUAAUAUGUUUUACUUGCAGACUGGUUGGACAAUAGUAGUUGAUGUGGUUAUUGGUCCACAAGAUGGAAUAUGUUAUAGGGCUGAACGAGGUUCACUUGUAAGUAGUGUCUUACCAUGUAACAGCCAGGUUUUCCCUUAAAUAGUAAUACCUUUGGUGAAAUGUUUUUAAACUUUUGCCUCCAUGGAUGAAAUCCAGCCUUUUGUCUAUUUUAGUGAAAAAUUUUGUUAUCCCAUGUAUAUCAGUAAGACUUAAGGUGGUGUCACACGGGACAAUUCGCAACAACAAUUUUUUGCGCAACACAGCGUAGCAAUGUUGGAACAAUGUUGCAACUAUUCGAAACAAUGUCGCAACAUUGUUGAAAUCAUGUAUUGCAUUAAGAAUCGUCGUUGCAAAUCGUCCUGUGUAACAUUAAACUUUAAAGGGCAGGCGCUUUCCCUCUGCUGUUAGAUGUUUAGUCCCUUUCUACAUUGAAAUAUUUAGUUCACCCUGAAACAAAUAAUUUUCUGGUGCUUUUUAGCCCCUUUUAAUUUAGUAUUAACAUACCCUCUGCUACUAAAAGAAGUAUUAUUGUGUUUUUCCUGGUUAAUUCUUUAAUUAAAGGAAUGUUAAAUACAAUGUUUAUGUUGACUGUUGAAGGUGAUGUUUUUCUUAUUACAGAUUACACAUAUGGCAGAUUUCCACCAAGUAACAUCAAUUUCAAUCACCAGAAUUCCACUCAUCACAUCUCCUGUCCAAACAGAUAAACAAAAAGCCAUUGUCAGCUUGAAAGUGUUAGGGGCUGCUGAGGUUUGCUUUGUUUAAAUUGUAUAUUUUGCACAUUAUCUGUAGAACUGUGAGUGCAGUCAGCUGGGGUUUCCUAGUUGCCACAGAUUAAAAGAUGAUGUUAUAAAAUUCAUCAUAGCCAAUUUUUGUUCUGCUUCUGUAAGGAAGGCCACUUUCAAAUAUUAAAACUUAAAAGUACCUUAGCGACUUUUUAAAGUUCACUCGUAGCUACCUGUACUGAAAGUGGACACCUUUCGCAAGCCAAGACUUAGCUACAAGGCAAAAAGCAAGGAAUGCAUUAAACUCCAGAAACUUUACUGAUAUUAAGUAGCAGUUGUUGAUGUGAUGAUGAGUGUGGAACUAGCUAUGAUCUGUAUUGAUCUUUAGAGACUACAUAGUGUUUACAAAGUCCUGGGUUUGACUCCCAUGUGGGACUCAGAUGGUGACCUUUGUCCCACAUGCUAAUGAUUUAAUGAUUAUGAAAUCUUUCUUGUUCACUACUGAGAUUUGGAGAGAUUUCAAUCCUCUCAACUAAAAAAGGGAGGUUUUUGGAGUGGCAUGGCCGUUCCCACGAGAGCCUCUAAGGGGGUUUGGGGGCGUGUUCCCUUGGGAAAAAUUUUAAGAUCACCUCUAAAGGAUGUGAGUUUGCUUACCUGUGUUUUAUCAGUCAUUUGCCAAGCAGAUUACACUCUUGAUCAAAUGACUGAAUAUUUGUAGGCCACAGGGAUGUAACUAAGGAAAAGCUGAGCAGGCUUUUUUAAUCAAUUGCACCUUCAAAAUUACACCAUGUCUUAGUUUUCCAAAGCAAUUUGAGCCAGUGGUAAGCUCUUUUUCAGCCAGGGAAAUUAGCUAGCAGCGGCUGUUGGCAACUUUCUGAGGCUGCUGGCACAAAUCCUUCUACUUCUUAUCCAUUUAUAACUAGUUUGUUAAUUCUCUAAACCCAUUUUGUGUUCCUUAUGAGUAUAGAAAACCAGUGAGCUAGCCACAUGAGUAUUAGAGGAUGCGUAACACAAAUGAAAAAAAAAAGCACCUUAACUCAUCAAGCAUUUUUUUGAACUACUUGCAAAGUAAGACAUCACUAUUAAGAUGCACUAAACAGUGCACCUUACGUGAAAAAAAAAGUUUUAUUGACUGACGAGGCUCGAAGAGCGAAAUAUAUUUCAAGGAUUUUUCAACUUCUAGAACAUUUUUAUUUUUACAUUUUACAUUUCUUAUACGUGUGUUGAAUAUGGUAAAGAUGUGAUGUCUUAUUUUGCAAGUAGUUCAAGUUAUUCAAACACAUUCCUAGUCUCGGCAUUUACAAUUUUUCAAAAAUCAUCAAGCAUUAUUGCACCAAUAUUGUACCACAAAAUGUUUGUCUGGUGAUCAUUUUAUAAUUUUUAGGUUGUUUAUACCAGUGUUUUUUUUAUUUACUUAUUACAAAAAGGUUGACUUUAGGUUUUUCUUUUUUGUAGCCUCUUGUUUUUACUACAUUCUCGGUUGCCAAGGCUGAGGAAAUGGCAGAUUUAAUUGAUGGAUACUUUAUGUUAUUCAGUGGAAAGAAACAAUCUUUAGUCUUCAAGAAGCUUGGUAAGUUGUUCAAUAUUCUUUUGCUCUGCAUUCAGGACUUUGUUGAUUGACAUUUUAUUUCAUUUUAUUGUAUAUUAUUUUAUCACAGAACUUGAAUGGUCAGCAGAAACUCAGCACCGGCAAUUUGACUGAUAUAAUUAUUUGGUCACAGACACCAAUAAUUCUUUAUUGAAUUUGUAGAUAUUGAGAGGUCCCUUCCAUCCAUCCCAAGUCCGGCUUCACCACAGAGUGAAAGACAAAACAGGUGACUAAAUGUAUAUGACUUACAUGUUAAAGGAAUGUCAAUUAAAAAAACCUAUAAAAUGUGCUUGUAAUUGGACACCCCAGUAUAACAGAUGAUGACACUGGUCUUAUUCACAGUUAAAAUAUAACUAUGGAUAAGACCCUGAAAUCGUGUACCCCAGGGAAACAUAAUUUCAGAGAGGGUCAAGCACAGACUAUCUACAGAGGAACCACAAAAGAAUGAAGUGCCGGCAAGCGAGUGUUACACAUUACAUGUAAAAUUAAUGUUUUCAGGGCCUGAUCACAUUACACACCUCUGUAGUUAGUCUCUAUAGACAGCUCUAAUAUAAAGCAUUUGUUGAAAUCUUGUUCUUCUCUUUUACAGCCCUCCUAUUUUCUCACCCACCCUGAAACAGAACACAUCUACCUUAGGAAGUAUAAGCUUUAUUGAGAGAAAAAACUCUGUUGGCAGCUCACCAGUGCAGAAAAAAAAUGGAGGUAUGUUGUCAUGUGGCCGCAAUGUUUUGCAGAACAAUGUUCAUUUGAUUUUUUUUAAUACUUUAUUUCAAAUACAUAACAUAAAAAAAUUUAACAAGCAGGGCAACAACUAACAUCAAACUACAUGUAGAAUACAGUUUUUCACUGAAAUAAAAAUAAAUGUCAGGCAAAAAGAAAAAAAGACUCGAGAAAAAGAAUAAAUAAUUAGCACUAAAGCUAAUGCAUAUAGAUUUGUUUAUGCGGAGUUGAUGUUUAAACGUGCUGGUUAUGGUGUAAAUGACUUGCCAGUAUUUGCAAAGGAGCAAGUAACUACUAAAUGGUCAUUUACAUCGGUUUCACUACAUCAAUAAGCGAUCAUUUGAGUUUUUUCUUUAUUUAUAUCACAGAGUUUGAUGAUUACGCAGAAAUAGUUGAUGAAGAACCAGACUAUGCACAUCCAAUGGCUGGUAGGUUUGCUGUCAUGUUGGGUAAAAUCUCACUGAACACUAUUUUUAGUGAAGGUUAUCUGAAGUGAUAAUGGAGAUGGGGUACUGCUGUCUGAACAAAACCCUUGAAAUUUGUUUUCAUACACUCUACUGACAACUGCCAGGUAAAAUCCGUGUUGGAAUGGAAAUGUAUAACCAGUAUCUCGUAAACAGUUGAACAAAUAGAUUCCGUGUUUCCGUGGGUCUGUUCAGUAAUAGAUCACAGAGGACGCCAAAAUGUGGUAAAAACAUCAGUGACACACUCGCCGCAGACCAAUACACAUACCUGCCUUGUACCGCUUGACUGUUCGAGGAUUUGUGCUAGUUUAGGCAUUUUUUGAGUCUCGAACGCUAUUUUUCAUCUCUGCUUCUUCUUACUUUCUUUAACUUACUUGUAUACAGUUUCUUUGAAAAGUUUUUCAACGUUUUUUCUUGCUCAAAGCAGAAUAGUGGCGAAAACAAUUUGCAAGACAGCAAGUCUCUCGUAGCGAUGACACACGAUGGCAACUGUUAUCAAGAUUUCUUGUAGUUUAGGCAUUCUCAAGUAGUCGAGAGCUCUUUUUGUCUCCGGUUCUCCAUUUUUCUUCUUUGUGAAUACAACUGUACCUCCUGCUAAACGUUUUUUUUAAGGCUUUCACUUGCUUUAAUCCAAAAUAAUCUCGUAAACAUUUUCAAAACCGCGCGCGAUGUUGAACAAAACAACAAAAAAAAAAACAAGUUUCCUCUGACGUCACCCAUGUACCUAGGUACUCUAAUAGAUCAUGGGCAAUGACCAAUCACAGCGUCCACGGCAUUCACAUCAUGGUAUAAAUCAUUAUAGAACUGUUUCCCCAUCUACACUGUACAUCAACCUUUGCAUAUUAUUAGUAGCGUAUUAUUUGCUUAUUAUUAUUAUUAUUAGUGUCAUGGUUCAAGUACAUAUAUGUAUUCUCAAACUGUAGUAGUUAAAAAGAUCACUGAUUGGAGAAUCCAACCAAAAGAUUUUAACUUGGCACACAAGUCCCUCCCUUGAAUCAGGAUUUUGGAGUGAAAUUUAAUAACUGUUUAUGUUGGACAUGACCAGUCAGAUGCACUGUUUUUGUAAAAAGUACCUUGUUGAAUCUUGUUACCCCUUGGUAGACAGUAGAGCUCAUUAUUAAACUACAUUUUAACGUGACAUUUAUCUUUUCAAUUCUUUGCUACUUUAAGUUUUUUAAGAAAAGUUUAUAUUUUGUUACUGUAACUAUUGAGUUUGUAAUAGAGUACAGUGAUAUUAAAAUUAAAUAAUACAGUUUCCCCUUUGUGGCAAUAUUAACUAAUUUUUUCUAGAGUCUCUGCUCAUUUAUAACUUGAUGCAUUUGCGUAACUGAAAUCAAUGGUUUUCUGGUUCUGUAAUUUAUAAAAAGAACUGCUAACCAUAAAUUAUAUGGUACAUAGUAUAGUCUAAUGAUCUUCAAAUCCUAAGCUCUCUAUUUUUAAGCAUUAUUGAAAAAAAAAUGAGAAAAAAAGAAAACUUAAUUGAUAGUGGUCAGUCUUUAAAGUACUAGGAUAUGAAGUAUCUUUAAAGAUAAUUGCAUUAAUCUCCACUACUGAGUGCAAUAAUAAUGAAAGAAUAAUGAAUUAAAGUGACUCUUAAACUUGCAGCUCUUGCUGCUGUACGCGUAGCAGUUGCGUUGAAGUCUUGUGGAGUACCUCUUAUAACAGCCAGACGAAAACCAGGUAAAAUGACUGCAUUUUCAGGCUGUUAAAUUAAAUUUUAAAAUCUGCCGUAAACUGUUGGUUGUUAAUUAGUGUAAAACCGAUGAUGCAAAUUGUCUUGUAAUAAAUCAUUUUUUAAAAAAAAAACGUCUAUUUUUUAACAUUUCAAGUCUAAAUUUCUCAUAAAAAUAAACAAAUACUUAGGUGCUUGCUGUAUAGACAGGCAGAUUGAUGAAAUGUUUAAGAUUAAGGAUGAUUUAGAAAAGGAGGACAGCCUUUUAAAGUUUAAUUGAUGACAUUUAAGGUAUUGUGUGCCACAAGGCACUUGGAGGAAAGAGGGGAUAGGUGAAGAUAUUAAAUUGAUGACAUUCAUCUGUACAUGUUGAUAUCAAUCAAAGGUAUUCCGCUGUUUCACAUUUGAAACCUUCAUAAAUUGCAGUCGACUCCCGAUAACUCGAACCUUCAAGGGAAAUCGAAGAAAGUUUGAGUUAUCGAGAGUUCGAGUUAUCAGAAGCUUGAAGCAAAUAGCCGGAAGUAAGGGAAAAACCCAGUUUUUACUGUACUGUGAACACUUUAAUCACAUUUAACCAUAGAAAUGUCAAGUUAAAAUGGAACGAUGCUUCUAGAAUAUAACUCAGAAUGUAACAUAACAAAGCAUAGCCUAAAUAGAGUAUGCAUUUAACUGUUUUAAGAAGCAAAGCUGUCUCACGUUAGUUUUGUGACAAACAACAUUAGCCUCCUCUAGUAAGCUAUAUGCCCACAAUAUUCAAAAUUCAAUGUUUCGGAAGCCAGUACAUUGUUUUUUUUUCCCGACUUUAUAAGCGCUCAAACCAUGGUUCCAGUUAUCGAGGGUAAAUUUAUAUAGAAAUGAUCUGAGGGUAAACAAAAAUUACUUCGAGUUAGCGGGAGGUUCGAGUUAUCGAGGGUAAAAUUAAAGUAAAUGUAUGAAGGAAAUCAAGGGGAAAUCGAUUUCGGUUCGAGUUAUCGGGAGUCGACUGUAUUGCUAAUGAUGUUAUCGUUAUCAUUAAUUAAUGAACGAUUGUUUAUGAAAGGGUUUUUAUGUUGGGGAUAUUUUUGAACAUUAAAUUUUGUUCAUGCCUUUGGGUCUCGACUGGAAAAGAGAUUUUGCAUCUGUAUGCAUACGGUUCUUUUGUUAGACUAAAAAAAAUGAUAACCCUUUCACUGUAUUUUAAAAGCAUUAAAAUUAUCUCACUUUAGCCAAAGAUUACGAGAUUCCGAAAAAUAGAUUACGUUUGGAAACAAUUAUUGGACAAGGGCAGUUUGGAGAUGUACAUCGGGGAACCUAUAACAGUUUGGUGAGUUGAAACAUUUUAAGUGUGAAUGAUAAUAACUUAAUAGAAGUCACAAAGCCAGACAGCUGGACAGAACGCUUUUUUAUGAUAGUCCUACUAUUAUUUACAUGAUAGCUUCCACAUAUUAAUUAAGAGCUGCAUUCAUUAUCAUUUCAAAAUCAAUUUAAUGCUUGUAUUAAAUUGUUUUCUCCAAGUUUUCAGUUGCAGAGGUUUCUGGUCUGGUUAAUUCUGUGUUCACUCUUGCCAUCGUCGAUGUCAUCUUCAUCGUCAUUAUCAUUAUAUUAAAUACUCUCACCACGGUGAUAUGAUCGUUUUUGUCAUGAUUUUGAUGUCUUUACCAGGAUGAUCCUAACUUACAAGUUGCAAUCAAGUCAUGUAAAAAUCCAGAGUCAAGAGAGAAAUUCUUGGAAGAAGCAUGUAAGUGGAGCAGUCCUAGAUUGCAUGCUUGGUUUUCCUCUUAUUUUAACGUAUGAAUGCUUUUUAUCGGUAAAUCCAUCCCCGUUAAUCUCCGUCAUCUGUUUACACUUGAUUUAGAAUAGGUUUCCUGUAAGAAUUGCCCCUAAAGCUUCUCGGUGAAAAGCCUUGUGUCUUCCACUGGACUGUAAUGAUACCAUUUCUGAAAUCAAAAAUAGAUACUAAGUGAUUUUUUAUUAUUUUUCCAGACACAAUGAAACAGUUUGACCAUCCUCACAUAAUAAAGCUUAUAGGUGUGUGUAUGGAUGAGGAGUUUUACAUUGUAAUGGAGCUGGCCGCAUAUGGAGAGGUAAAAAGAACUUCAAAUCUGUUUCUUUGUUACACCACUUUAUGACACUGGUUAUUCUUUGUGUUUUGAUUGUUUUUAGAUGAGGUCAUAUCUUCAAAAGAAUAGACAUUCAAUUAACUUGGAAACACUUCUUAGUUACAUUUUCCAACUCAGCACGGCUAUGUCAUAUCUGGAGAGCAAGAAUUUCGUACACAGGUAGGCAGUAGCUUUGGCACAUUAAAAACUGUUUUCUGCCACUGUACACUCUGAUUUGUUCUGCAUACAUGUUCUGCGACUCCUGAAGAAACACUGGUAAUAGUUAAUUGUGCAAUUUGUUUUUCUACAUAGUUUUUCAAAUAUUCAUGUAAUUCACAAAACUCUUUAACAGUCCACUUUUUCCUGUAGCAGCGUUGAAGUGAACCUUGAACCUUGAUGAAUGCGCUUUCAGUACCCCGCAGUAUAAAAUAUGAAAGCCUUGGAUAAUUCUUGAUGGUAAUAAACUAAUUAUGGCUGUUUUUGCUUCAGGGAUAUAGCUGCCCGUAACGUGUUAGUGUGUACUCCCAAGUGUGUUAAAUUAGCAGAUUUUGGUUUAUCAAGAUGGGUCGACGAACAGGCUUAUUACAAAGGUAACUUCAUUAACCCAUCCAAAUCCUGCAAAAAAUUCCAAUUUCGAAGAACGUGGGAUGAACAAAAUGACUUCUGAUCGAGAUUCCUAAAAGACCUUGACUGGUCGGGUAUCUUAGCCCUCUGAGCUACAGAGUGAACUACUGACCAAUCGUAGUAGAGUAAAGACUCGUGGGAGCCACCUCUGCUGCUGAGGCCACUGAUUUAGUCAGGUUCAUACACAUACGUGUUCUGAGUAACCUGUUUCACUGAUUUAGUUAAAAUGGGUUUUCAAUGCAUGAAUUUUACGUGUUCUGAGUCACCUGUUUAAACACUUUUCUUUUGACAUUUUUAAAAGCAGCAUCCAUUUUAUCCACCUGGCUAAUGAUUCGCCAUCUCUUUUAAUGUCAUGGUGGAAAGUUAGAGUUACCGCUUUAUCUCCACCAUUACGCAUUGUCUACAAUACUGUCCAUCUGAAACCAUUUCUCAGUACUUUCCACCUUGCUUACGAACGUUGUGGCUCGUCAAACAGUAGCCUGCACGGAAGGCGUUUUUUUGCGUGCGUUUCUCCUUUGCGGAAGAAGGCGGCGGUUUUUCCUAUCUUCCCUCGCCCCCUCCCCCUCGUUUUUUCGUUUCACCUCAGAAACCUUAUCUCUUACUUAACGAACCACAAAGAAAAAACUCACCAAAAAACUGCCUGCUACGCAGGCUAGUUAAACUAUCUCAACCCCUGAGCUCUUCUGCGCAUGAAAAUGCAUAUUCCUGUCGUAAGUUCUGCGCAUACCUUGCUGAAACAUUUCAUUUGAAAGCUUCUUUUUACAAGUUAAGAUUGGUGGUGUUCUUGACUGUUUCCUUUUCUGUUGGUUUUAAGCUUCAAAAGGGAAGCUGCCGAUCAAGUGGAUGGCGCCGGAAUCAAUCAACUUUAGAAGAUUUACAAUCGCUAGCGAUAUUUGGAUGUUUGGUGAGUUGUCCUUUCUCGGAUAAUUACUGGGAAGGGCAAAUAGUCAAGCCACGUUGGAUGCAAGUGGCAGUUGUAUAUCCAUUUUUUUUUCAAACUAGGUUACGAGUAGUUUCAUAUUUCCUCAGGAUAAUAAAGCGGGCGAAACACGCGCGAGAGAAAAAUUAAUGAUUUUCUCUCUCCUUGCUGCGUCUUCCCUUUCUCGCUUGAGGUGAUUUUCACGCAGGCUCGCGUGUUUCGCUUGCUCUACUAUCCUGGGGAAAAUGAGGGUCUACUCUGAGUGUACUGUUAGCCUUUAAAAAGAAGGGGGAAAAAUGGUAAAAAGAAAAAGAAAAAACGAAUUUUGGUUUAGCUUAUAUCAAGGAAAACCAGCAUCAAAAAAUAAAAAUUGCAGCCAUGUUGCAUGGACAGGUAUAGUAACUCCCGUAUACCCCCGCUAUCGUCAGCUGACCUGUGUGAAGGCUUAUCAGCUGUCUCCAAACGUCUUUUUUGAUCUUGCAUCUCCUCAUCUGAUCUAAAAUUUAGUCUGGUUGUACUCUUAACUUUUAUUAGACUUUUAAGGUACUCAGGUGUGUUGCCAUAGAUACACUUAUGAGCCAGCAUUGCUAUCUUAAAAUUUACUCUAUACGUAACUGGAAGCCAAUGUAAAUUAACAAGUGUAAGAGUAACGUGAUCAUAUUCUGCAACAUUACUUACAAGGCGAGCCGCUUAGCUGGGUGGCUGGAACACCAACCAAGAGGCUAUUACAAUAAUCUAUACGUGACAUUAUAACUGCUUGAACUAUAUAUGUCAUCAUAACUCAAUUACCUGCUAAUGGAUCUAAUAUUAUACAGAUGAUAAAUAGCAGCUUGGCACGUAUUAUUUAUAUGCACAGACAUGGUGAGGUUCGUAUUAAAUCACGUGCCUAGGUUCCUAACAAUCCUUACAGCUGGCACUUUUGCUUGGCCGACCACAAUUUCAGAUACAUUAACCUUAUCUAAUUGAACUUUUAUUCAAUGUGGAAGUGUUUGUUUUCUUUUUUGUUUUUUAGGUGUGUGUAUGUGGGAAAUCCUCAUGUACGGCAUCAAACCUUUUCAAGGCGUUAAAAACAAUGAAGUGAUUGGUAAGAUAGAAAAUGGCGAGCGGUUACCUCUUCCACCCAACUGUCCGCCGGCUUUGUAUCACCUUAUGACUGAGUGCUGGUCGUAUGAGCCAUCAAAGAGACCAACCUUUCAAGACCUUAAGACACGACUCAGGUUGGUGACAAGAGGUCAUAUUUAUAUUUCUUAUUAAUUGGGCCUGUAAGGCGGAUCCAGUUUAUAAAUUCGGUUGAUUUGUCCGCCCAAAAAUGAACCCUAUUAAUUAUUAACUCAGUUUCCCAGAGGGCGUUGCGUGAGCCAGAAAGCCGGUUGAUUUCUUUCUGUGUAAUGUAACACAUGCCAUUUUGGAGGUCUAAAAUUCGGAUUACGAUAAGAAGACUCGUCCGACGAUAACAAGAACUUUGAGAAUUUCCCACAAUUUCAUUUCAUAGCCUCGUUGGCGAGAGGGUAAAUAAGCGGGGAGGCUUCGAGAACGGAAAGCUUCAGCUGGAGCUUCAAAUACCAACUUGAGAGAAAUAGAGUACUAAGACAAGUUACUUACUAGUACAAGGUUUGGUAUAAGUGAAGUACUUGAUUUCAGCUGAUGGAGAACUGCUGUCAGUGCUCAAUAGAAGGACUAGAGCAAGAAUACCAGAAAUACAGUGGAACCACGCCUUACGGCCACCUCGGUAAUACGGUCACCUCUUUUUUGGCCCGGCAAAAUUUGGCCGUAUUAACGGGUUGGCCGUAUUGCCGGGGCAGGGUCAAAUCUCAUGACUUGAGGACCGUAAUAACAAUACACCAUACAACGCAUUCGCACUUCUUGUACAACUGUGUUCGCGUUAAUAAACAACAGGAAUGUAGAUAUCGCGUACCAUAAUUCUAAAACUACUUGAAACUGUCCUUAAGUACAUAAAACACUUUUAAAAACUGGCUGUUAGACCUCCACAAAAACAUUGUAAGUGACUAUUGUAACUGUUUUUACAGUACAAAAACAAGCACAGCUUUUUAGGUCAAUGAAAUUGUCAUGUCGAAAUUUCUGACGAGUGGCUGUAUUAACGGGGUGAAAUUGGUGUUUUAUAGUGGAUUGUUUUUUCUUAAAAGCUGUUCGCUGUCUGUUCUGGCUAACUUCUUACAGUCGGUCACAAAUUUCCUAGGCCCUCUCGCGUCUCGAUCUCUCUCUUCUCUCUCUCUCAACCUAAGUGAUAGAGUGAUUUUCGUAUGACCUUGAAAUGAAAACGCGCGAACAAAACAAAAACAACAAACGAACGGAAAUAAAGCGAUUUGAUUGGUUUAUCGAACGGAUACAAAGGCACCUGGCUUUUGGCUGGUUAAGCGAACGCUCGGCUGAAAAACCUUCAUGCCCGAAGAACUUUCUAGAAAUUGCUUUGACGUCAUAAACCGAUUGGUCAAUCGAACAAUAUUCCAUAUUAAUUUGGCGGGAAAACGAAGAGUCCAUGUUUUGUUCUUUUCAUCCAUUGGCUGAUAAAACAAGUAACAAACACGUACGGAAACCAUUUUUCAAGGUCAUACGAAAAUCGCUCUAAUAUUAUAUAAUUACGAAAGCCUCCCAAAAGGGUACAAUGUUCAAAUGAGUUAUAUUUCACUCUCACGUGAGAUUCUGUGUCGCACAAUGGUCGGCGACAAGGUUUUAUGGUAGCCUGAUUGUUUACAGCCGCCCCGUCCCUUCCAGAUAGACUUUCGGUUAUUCUAGCUUGUAUUCAAACUGAAGUAGCUUGCAGCUGAGUUAACGGAUAUUUCCCACGCGUUAGCGUAAAUGCAAUAACUUUUGCAUCUGAAAAGCGUGCAAGUCGCACAGUUGUACGGAGGGGGUAAAAAAAAAAACCGCUCCUACUUUUUUGCUCGUCAUUGCGUGUCUCCUGCGUUUCUCCUGCUUGUCUUAAAGGAAACGGAAAGGACUGCUAUGCAGGUUACCGCUAGUGAUAACAGUGAGGAUUGUGUAUGGAACUAACUAUUCGUAUUUCAACUCUAUCGAUAAUUUUCUGUUGUCCAGUGUUAUAGUCCAAGAGGAAAGAUUUCAACAAGAUGAAAAAGUCCGAAGAGAAACUCGAAGAAUACAAGCCCUUUCAAUGGGUAAGGCUAGUCAGUCAGGCCUGUAAUGGCUGUAGUUAUAGACAGACGUACAGUCCAGGUCCUUUUCAAUUUCGCUAUAAUAGACCAAUAAGGACUACAUCAAACCGCUACUGGCGAGCUUAACGCUAAAGAACCCGAUGUAAGUAGUACUAGGGUAUUUUUUUCGUCUAUUGGUUGUUGUUGGCUCGUGGCUCACUAAUAGGAACUCUCUGUUGAUGCUUUGUAGGUGCAAUAUCAGACGCCGCAGCCCCUCCAAAGGUAAAGAAACUCAACGUGUUUUUUUAUUUUAUGAAUUUCCUCUAUGAAACACUAACUAAAAAAGCAUUUGUCAGAAUGAUCUGAUUUUGUUCUCUCCUCGCAGCCCUCUAGGCCUGGGGUCCAGCCGUCGUUCGUUCACAUACCAGGAAUCUCGGCCCAAUCCUCCGCGGCACCGACGUUUGACAGCAGCAGAGGGUUAACAAGUCCCAGAGGUGAGUUCCUGUUUUCACUUCGCUCUGCAAACGGAACUGUAUUUUCUGUAGGAUUGGAAAAAGGUUUUACAAGGAGGCUUUGUUCUUUGUGUUUUGUUUCAAAUUGUAGUCAUCGGCCUUGUGUUUAGUAUGUAACCAGAGAUUAUCAUAUGUCUUGUCAAAUGCACUUUUUCCAGCUCAUUUUUUAAGUCACUGGUGUUGUGUUCCUAAGAAGCCUAACACUUGCUUAAUUUCCGUAUUGAACACAUGUUUUUGCUUCAUCAGGAGCAGUCCAGUCACCACAGUACCCAGGAGACCCGAUGUCGCCGUUUUCACCCAAAUCGCCGACUUCCCCUAACUCCCCAUCACGUACGCUGCCCAGAAACUUCAAGUCAUAUCACGAAGCCAGCGGUAUCAACGCUCUAAUGGAGCAGCCUUCUCGGUAUUCUAUGGGAGGUAGUCAUACUCUUCCAAAGAAUUAUAAAAGUCCAGUGACAAGUCCGCUUGGCAGCCCGACCAAAACUCGAGACCCCCUGAUCGAUUUGCCGGUGAGUUGAACUAGUGCGCCUAAGAAUUGUUUAUAUUACAUACACGUGGAGCUAAAAAAUCGGCGGAAAUGUCUAUCCACCGUUAUUAUCCUCAAGCAAAGUCAGCGCAAGGCUAGCUGUCAACAAGUGUGAUCGGACAGUUUGGUAUCGACUAAUGAUGGUAAAAAGGAAACUGCUCAUUUAAAGGCCUCGUUGGAGCAGUGGAAUCGACGCAAGACAGGCCACUCCAACACAGGAGGGUCAGUCAAUUAACAAAAACAAUAGGAAAGAAACUCCAUUCCUAGGUAGCUGGGCUACAUAACAAGGUUUGAACACGCUUUGCCCACGUUUACUACGCUUAAGGUCGCACCUGUUACAAGCAAACAAAUUUUGUUAAUUCCUUUUUUUGGUUUGUGUAAAGUAGAUGUUCCCUUAAUUUAGCGAGCGAACUUGACUUCGUUCUUUUUGUUUGUUUUUUUUUUCCACAAAGGGAAACAAAGAAGCGCAAGAAGCGCAAGAGGUUUUUCAAAUGUUUAACAUGUCAUAUGGGUUUUCUUUCAACUUUUGUUCCCAAACAGAGCGAAGUGGAGCUUAAACGUCGAGAAGAGGAAGAACGAGCACAGAUAGAGUUAGAAGAACGUGAAAGGUUUCACGCGCGUCUUCGGCAACAGAGACUUGAAUCAGAAGCAGAUUCCAAAUGGCUUCAACAAGAAGAACUUAACAUUCAGUUGCCAUUCUCACCACCACCGGUAUGUUAUUUGUUGUUAUGACUCUCAGUUCUCUUUUCUCUCAUUUCCAAUUUUUAUUCUCAGAAAUUGUUGCCAUAACAGCCUUAGCCAACUCCUGGCUGUCUAUUACCUUAUCAGUUACAGUUUCCUUAAAUUUAAAUUUAAAUUGUUACUGAAAGGCAAACAGUUGAAUCCAAUCCAACAAAAGUUGUAAGUGGCAUGCUCUUACUCUAGGAACAUGUUUUACGAACUGAAAAAUGAUGAUCAUCUGAAGUUUUUUUCGUGCUAAAGAAAUAGUGAAUUUACCAGUAAGUUCUCGUGGAUUUCCACGUUCUCUGUUCUCUAUCAUCCAGUGAUUUUUUUUUGAAAGCUGGUCGCUAAGUUAAGUCAAUUUCGUGUAUGUUAUCCAAAGAUGACUGUGACAAGUGUGCAUGCAGUGAAUUCAUGUGCUGUUCGUGAUAUUUUCUCUACAGGUGCAGCAGUCUCCUAAGACUCCCAGGACCCCCAAGACUCCCACCACCCCUAAGACGCCGAAAACACCCACACUCCUCUCCCCUGAGGAUAAUGUGUCAAUAGCAGUGGAGUCAUACAACCCACGGGGAUCUGGGUCUUUCAUUGAACAGCGCCAGCCACCAGCGGCUAAGGAAUGUAAGUGAUAAAUUCUCUAUUGCCAAGCUUUAGACAAAUAGAGAUUGAAUUUUAACGAGUGAGGCUCGCUGGGCACUGUCAAAGACCCCUGUCUCCCAGCGCACAAACUCGUCCUUUGGGAGCCAGCCCACGGCCAUAGAAGUAGAGGACGACCAAAAUCAACAUUAGUUGACGCUGUUGUAGACUCUAGUCAGGAGUUAGAGGCACUGAUGCACGAUCAAUGAGUGUGGAAUAAUCUUGUCAAGUCUCGGAGUAGUAGUGACUGCAUUUAUCGUGUGAAGUAAUAAACAUCCAGUUGCUUGCACACAAAUUUAGCUUUCUUUUCCAAGACCCAAUGUAAGACAGACCCCAGAACUUCAUGUUUGGCUACAUCCUUCUCUCAUGAAUUAUUGUAAUGCCACUCGCUUUGACGUCACCUUAAGGUGGCCAUGAAAGAAGUACUAUCACAAGUCCAGUCUACUAAGAGCAUGAGGCAAUUUGUUUUAAAAGAAACAAAAUAUCUUAUCUUAACGGACCCGUGAAGCAGUCCAACCCAAUGUAUUUGACCAGAGAUUUUUGCAAUUAGAUCACAGCACUGCACUGGAACCGCCAAGCCAUCAAGCUGCUACAAUAGCAGACACGGUAAGGCUUCUUAUCUAAUAAUCACACUGCUAGGUCAGCCCUGUGCAUGCAGUGGCAAAGGCGUUACUGUAUCUUUUGAGUGUUACCUGGACUUCCUAUCGAGGCUUUUGUGCACUACCCGGCUUGUGAAAGUUAAUAGUUUCGCAUUGAAAAGGAACUCCGUUGGUUUCAAUACUGUUUAUGUUUCUUUUUGCUUUAGUUUUACUAAAGGCGUUUCGAGUCGUAAGCAGUAUUUUUUUUCCUUGCUGUUGGGGACGAAGCAUUUUUUUUAUCAUCUUGUUUGUCUGGAGGCCUCGUGUAGAUAUGUAUGAAAAUAGUUCCGCAACACCAAUAAACACCAAAUAACUCAGAGUUUUACUUCGCAUCUGAAUUAGGUCAGCUCAAGUGAGGAGUUGGAGUAAAACUUAAUGCAAAUAAGAUAUUUUCCUUCUUUGUUUAUUUACCAUUUGCUUUCUCCAUUGUUCCGCAGAGUUUAGCUACAGAAAGAGAAGAUGACCCCAAAGAAGACCGUUCAUCUGACAGCGUGUUCGUUAACACCACUCAUGUCGUACAGUCAGUUAUCGGUCUUAAUAAUGGUCUGCCAUUCGCGCGAUCAGAAGAUUACCCAGCCUUUGUCAAGGUACUGCACAUUUGUCCCAGUUAGGUUAUACAGCUAAUUUUUGUAGCAAGAUAGCCGUAAAUUUUGAAAUCCGAAGCUUUUAAAAACAAUUAAUUCUUAGGUGAGCUCAUUGUUGGUGUCAUUUAUUCAGUUUGAGACUGGGCGAUUUCGUCUGUUAUCGUCAGGCCAAUUUGCAUGUUGAUAGUUUAUUUUCGUUUUAUUAUUAUUGCAGACAAUUGGUCUGUCCUUAAGGGAUUUAUUGGCGCGUGUCGAUGACGAAAUUCACCAACUAGAUCCUUCUUCACACAAGGAGGUAAGUUUCUUCUUUUGUUUCGGGUGUAGUAUAAUUAACAGCAGCCUCUUCCCUUUUAGCCUGCGUGGCAGGCGUUUGAAAAGGAAGGGAAAGGGAGUUUUACGCGCGAGAGAAUCGCGUUUCUCUCGCGCGUAAAACUUCCUUUCCCUUCCCUUUCAAACGCCUGCCACGCAAGCUACUUCCCUUGGGACCGCUUUAGCUGCGGUCAAUCAAUAGCCAAGCUUCAGCUUAACAGAAAGACUCGAAAUAGGAGAAGUCUGUGCAACAGUCUUUAGCGAAUUCAAGCAACUUAUAUCAUAUCUUUUGAAUGGUGCUAGAAUUUCCCAUUAAUUUCAAGCGUUACUUACUAGAGUAUCCUUUCGGGCUUGUUUGCUGUUCUUUAGCGUUUUCCCUCACUUCCUUCCCACAGGUUUAUCAUGAUAAAAGAACAAUUACGAUUAUUGUUGUUUUUGGUCCUAAGGCCUCCUAUCCAUGAGUUCAAAUCAAAACCAAACUUUACGGUUACUCUCAUGACAGUGCAACCUAGCAAAUGAAAGGCAGUUUUCGGAACAACCCCAUAAAUAAAACAACGUAGCACUGGUGAGUUCGUUUGCAAAGCGAUUGAGAACGGAGCUGCUAAAUGGCACAUACAGUUCCUACCCAGACAAAGAGCACCUUGGAUUUGACUCGAAGUACUGUAGUAAAAGAUGUACUUGAAUGUCGCAGUAAUUUUCGUGCAUCGUUUGACCGAUUUUUCUUACAGUUAGCAUAACGUUGUUUUCAGGUGGAAAUGGCGCAUAAGGUGCUGUCCUCUGAUAUGGCUGAACUGAUAAACGCGAUGAAGAUGGCGCAGAAAUACAGCACCACUACUCUGGACCAAGAAUAUCGUCGAGGAAUGCUUUCUGCUGCCCACGUCCUGGCAGUGGAUGCCAAGCAUCUGUUUGAUGUGGUGGACGCAGCCAGGAAACAGUCCUCUAAAAUGUCGUCUACAGUUUAAACGACUGAUGAGAAGUUUGUUGAAUUAAGCUGGACGCCGGGAGGACACAGAGUAUGGUCUGGUGCUCUAGGAAGUGGCUUGAAUCUACUUUCGAUCUUGUUGAACCGUCAUCUUAGUCUGUUAUGAGGAGGUGGCUGUUAAGUGAAAUCCUUAACCGCCAUUAUUUGAAUGAAAGCGACUAUACAUUGCUUUCAAGUAUUUUUGUUUGUUUUUCCACGUUUUAUUAAGGUAUGUACAAAAUUGCCAGCGACUUUGGUCUCUAGGUGUGACUUUGUCGAACGCUGAAAGACAAACGAUAGUACAGAAUUGUGUUGUUUGUUUGAAUGCACUUGAAUUCCAACUUUUCAAGGGCUGCAAUUACCUAUAUGGAAGUUUAUAAAAUGACUCUCGUUAGAAGGAUGAGACGACGAGGAAGGAAACUUUUGUUUGAUUUGAAUGGUUAAGCAAAAGCAUCACGCCCGUCCCGGUAGUAAUAGAAAUUACUUUUGAAAUUUCUUCAAAAGACGGUGUUUGGAGGUUAUUGCUGGGGACUUUUUAGUGGUCCUUAUUUGAUAGCUAGUACACUAAAACCUCUGAAGGUUGAGUUGUUGAUUAAUUUAGAUUGCGUUGCGCGGCUCACUCACGCCGCUAGUGGUGACGCCAUCACUCGGGGAAACAGCCAAUGCGAAAGCGAAUAGAGAAGAAUUGUAUAAAAAUUGCUUCUUUAUGAAGUGAGUAGUUACUAAUGUUUUAGUUAAAGGCUUUUGAGUUUUAUGCGUAAUUCCAAGGAAAGAUAUAGAUACAAUACUUGCUUGUGGGACUUGAAUCCGACAAAAAUAUUUCCUUGUUUUUUUGUCUAAGGUGGGUGAUCAUAAGAAUCCAGUAUUAUGCGUUUUUUAACUGCGGCUUGUCGACGCUUUUAUAAAGUAAAUGUUCGCAGUUUUUUUACUCUAGGAUAUGUCAUUAUUGAGGCUAAUGAUGGAGCUUUUUUGCUAGAAAAGCCGAGAUUAAGGGUGAGGUUAAAGGUAAUUGUAACUUAUACGUAAGUUGCGUCAAAACAGGAUUAUAUACUUCGCAAUCCACUGUUGCCUUGCAAGAAGAAAAAAAAAACUUUCAUAUCUUAGCUUUACAGAAGACACCUUUAAAACAUCAUCCCUUGUUCUGGUGUCUGUCUUGUUUUAAAUUACCUGUUAACUAUCUGAACUGUGAUAUGCAGGCGUUUUUAUGCGAAGAUUGUAAUGAAAUUUUAAAAUCUUUGAUUGGCGUUAUUAAUAUAUAGUAAUGCAUAAUAAUAGGUAUUAAAUUUGUUCGGGAACAGAGUUAUUAGCUAUUUUUUUAAACCUAUUUCAAGAGCUGUUGUUGUGCAUAGUAAUUUGAUGUAAAUAAGAAUGAAAUGUUCUUUAAUACAACCGUCUGUACAUUUUAGUACGGUACCCAUUUCCCUAAUUUUAUGGAAAGAAAGC